AUGGAGGGAGGAGAGAAAGAAGAGCGAAAACACAGUGCUGAGGAAGGGGGUGAACAAGCUGAGUGCCAACUGGAUAUGGAGGCUUCUGGCAAAGUCCAACGUCCGUGGUGUUUCUAAGGAAACAACAGCAAAACUAAGUUCACAGAGCAGAAGCUGAACUUUGUGGAAGUUUGUUGCUGCAUUAAGGAGAUGAAACUACAAUCAGUGGAGCGCAAAAAACAGGUAAACCUCACCUAGUUGGCACAGGCUGACCAAUGGAGGAUCACAAGACAUCAUCAGACAUGAUGGGCACCGGAAGCAGUUCUGUUACCGUGGUAACAGACUCAGUGCUAACUGAGCUGGAGCAGAGUGCACAUUCAACCCUUCAGUUUGACAGCUACCUGAGGAACAGGAUCAGAGAGUUAGAGAGGUCAGAGAGGAGCCUGCUGCUACAGCUCUAUCAGCUAGCCUCUGCCUCCCACCUCCCCAGCAUGCAACACUCCCAGAGGCUGGACCAGAGACUCCACAUGCUCAGGGAGGAGGUCAGGACCAUGACCCAGGACAAGGAGCGAGGGGAGCGGGUUUGGAGGGAUCGACUGCAGCGCUGUCAGAGGCAGCUGAAGGCCAAAGAGGAGGAGAUGAGUCGCCAGUCCCAGUACUUCGAGAAUUAUAAAACCCAACUCCAGCACAAGCUCAGCCUGGCCCGGGACAGAGAGCAGAGCCUACAGAACCGGAUCUACACUUUAGAAAAACAGCUACUGGACAUGACUGUGAGUGCCGCCACUGGCAUGGCAACGAUCAGUGCAGUCAGAUUAACUGCCGAGACUGUAACACACUGGGAAGAACAAGGGAGGCUGCCUCCCAUGAGAGGAGAGGGUGAAGGAGAGGAGGAGAGAAAGGAGGAGAGGAGGAGGCAAUGGCAGCCAAGUGUGGGAAUUGAGAGAGAAGGAGGGCGAGGAGGUGAAAAAGAGACACAGGGGGGAAGAGUUAAAGAUACAAAACAAAAUUCAAAUGAAGCCAGGCUGCAGGGCUUCAUCCUGAGCCUGGAGGAGGAUCUCAGGGUGCUGCUGGAGAGAGAGGAGGAAGGGAUGACAGAGCGGAGGGGACUGGUGGAGCAGCUCCAGGAGGCCCAGGAGAACAGCCACUUCCUAGGCUGCAAGGUGGAGGAGAUGAAGGCAGAGGUGCACCAGCUGAAGCUGUCUGAAAACUCCUUGAUGGAGGAGGUUGAAGAGCUGAAAGAGGAGAACCACAGACUCCAGCAGAGUCUUACGGACGCAGCUAACCAAACAUCCGCGGUGCCUGAGUCCACAUGUCCGGGUCCUGGGUCCAACAGUCUCUCAUAUACCACUGCCAUGGGACAUUCCCCAGUGGGGAGUUCUGGAGAGGAACAUCUUACAUCGGCUGAGGGAACAGGCCAGCCUCAUUCAUCUGCAGUUCCACCUGUUCACCACCAGGCCACAGCAGAGAGCAUGCAGAACAACACAGAGGAUUACUCGUCAUCUGCCAAAUCAGAAACUCCAUCUAAAAUCUUUUGCCACCUCGGUUCCAAAACCAACCCCAGCCUCCAGUCACUCUCCCUGACUACAGAUACACUGGAUGAGUUUGAACUGGGGACCUGGCACUCCAAAGGGAUCGUAAACCUGGAGGAAAGCCCUAGUGAGGAAUCUGAUGCCCUUAGGGAUGCCUACAGGAGCUUGGGGUUGGGGGAGGAUCUCGAAGCACUUCAAGAUCAACGUGACCGGCUGGAGGUCUCCCUGGAGCACAUACAGGAGCAGCUGCAGAGGAUGGCUCAAGAGAAUACACAACUGAAAUUACAACUCAGGAAAAAGGAACAAGAAGCAGAGGCGGAGCAGGGGUCUUCAAGAGAAAAGAUUAGCACACUACCCACCAGUGUUGGAGCUGAAGAUAACACCAGUCUCGCCUUCGCCCAGGAUGAUCUCGUCCAGGCCCUGAAUCAGGAGAACCGGGCCUUGGCGGAACGGAUCCAGGAGCUUCUGGCGUACAUUGAGCUCAGAGAUGAGGAGAUCAAGAGGACGCAAACACAGCUGAGGGAGCAUAUCUCCAAGCUGGAGGCAGACAGAGUCAGGCAGGAGCAGGACAAACGGGAACAAGAGUGUUUGAUUACCGAACUCACCAAGAAGACUGAGGAUGAUCUUAAUACCAUCAUGGAGCUACAGCAAAGGUUAAUGGAGAGUGAACAGCGUACGGAGGAAUCACAGGUUGGUAAGGAACUUGGUGGAUUUCAAUUGAAAAGUGAAUAUACAGCUGCAAUAUUAGGACGUUUUCAACAGAAGAACCUAGAAGAAUGUGGGGACAGUUUGGUGGAAAGUGGGCUAAAAGAGGAAGAACCACAGUUGGUGUCCAGUCAACAACCAAACGAUUUGAGUGCAGCUUCUUCACUUGGUUCUCAACAUGAUAAUCACUAUGAUCCGUUGCAGAAUAGCCUGCAAAGCAGUCUGCAUGUUAGUUCACUGACUGAUCAAGUGGGCCAGCUGACCAAGUCUGUCCAGAGUCUCAAAACAGAAGAAGAGGAACUGUCAGGCUGCAUGAAUGCUCUCAGGGAGCAGCAGAGAGAAGUAGCUCUUUCAGUCCAAACACAGACAGAAGUGAAACAGCAGUUAACCCGGGCAGUUUGGGGACUGAAGGAGGAGAAAGACAGCAUCUCUCAGUCUCUUGCUGGUCUCAAACAAGAGAGAGAGCAGCUUACCAGGACAGUCCGUGGGCUGAAGGAUGAGAGAGACCAGUUUAUAAGGUCUAUGUGUAGCCUGAAAGAGGAGAAAGAGUCUUUAUCUGGUCUCGAAAGAGAGAAAGAGAAACUUUUAGAAUCUCUCUCAAGUGGAAAAGAAGAGAGAGAUCAAAUCAUGCAGUCACUGCACUGUUUACAGAAAGAGAGUGACCGGUUAAGCCAGAUGGUGAUCCUUUUGAAACAAGAGAGAGACAAACUAACUGAUUCCCUUAAGUGUCUGAAGGAACAGAGAGGCAAGGAACCUUCACAAGAAGACCGGGACAAGUUAGUAAAAUCAGUUAGCAGUUUGAGAGAAGAUGAAGAACGAAUUGAACAUUCAAUCAGUUGUUUGAAACAGGAAGAAAAGCAGAUAAAGCUGUUACUUCAAGGCUUAAGAGAGGAAAGAAACAGCCUCCACGCGGCUCUGCCCAGCCAAACACAAACAGGGGGGAGGAAUCAGAAGCAGCAUCUGCUGAAUCCAAACAGUGCUGUUACGACAAAGAAGACUGAGACUCUUGAUGGAACAGGAGCUGCACAAAGAUCUCAGACUCAUGACCACAGGGAAAGCUCUGCACAGAUCAAGAGGCUGCACAGUGAAUUGUGUCAAUCAGAAGUCAGGAGGGAGGAGGCAGAGAGAAAGUCAGCCCAAGCAGCUGAGAAGGUGGUGAGGCUGACAGAUGUAGCCAAUCAGAUGGAAGAAACCAGAAAGGAAAAUGACAGCCUCAUAACGCAGGUGAAGGAGCUGCAGAGCAAACUGACAGGCCUGGUCAGGGAGAAGACUGAUGCGUUGUCACUCAAGGUGCAAAUAGAGGAGCAAUACAACAUCCUUACAGCUCAGCUCAAGGCUAAGACGGUGGCUCUAGAGGAGCUAAACUCAGAGUAUAUUGCUCUAAAACGAGGGCAGGGCAGCAAGGAUGAUCUGAGCGCUGUUCUCAUCUCACUCAGGACACGUUACAACGACAUCAGAGCUAAGUAUGAUGCACUCCUGAAAAAGAGGAGCCAGACGGAUCUGGAAAUAGCUCCUUUAAAGGCCAAGCUGUCUUGCCUGGUGGUGAAGUGCCAGGAGAGGAACAGCUUGUUGGUUCAGAUGAUGAAGGCUAUGCACAGACGAGGCUGUGUGGACUCUACACUCACACAGCAGGUUGAGCAGCUGCUCAGUGACGCUGCUCUGCAGGACUACACUGCAGCAUUCACACCAGGGAGCAGCGGGAAGACCUGGGAUUACAGUACUGGGUUUACACCAGGAUUUAUUUCCAAAUUCCAAGACUAUACUAGUGGAUUCACACCUGAUCAGACUUGCUCUACAGUAUCCCCGCUUGUAAAUCAGCAACACCAAAAUGGACUCAUAUCUGAAUCUGGGGUAAACUGUAGAGAACUAAAAAGUGAAAAACACACAUCUUUAGUCACAGCUGAAUCCACAACAAAUCGACAAGACUGCAGUAGUGAAGUCACUCAUGCACCAACAGGACCACUAAAGAAAAACUCACCUGUGCCAACCUCAGCAGUGCAUGAGCAUGCCCGUGUCCAAGCGACACCAUCACCUGUUCCAGCACCGAAAGAGAGCUUCAUCACCAAUACAGCACAGCUCUCUGCCUCGGGCAGUGGACCAGAGAAAUUUGGAUUUCAUCACCCGGAUAGGAAAGGGAAGGCCUCCACUGAUCCGCCCAGUUCGACUCGAUCCUCACUGAGUCCGACUCCUCCCUCCUCCAGCACACCUGUCAGUCCGAGCAGGAGGCUGAGCAGUCCUGAGAAGAUCAUCAAUCUACAUGAGCAACUGCAGAAGACUCUAAUGAGCAGCUAUCAGGAUCCAGUGAACAGAGGAAGAGGGCAGCAGCCCAGGAAAAGUCUCUCAUUUUCAGCUCCUGCAGACCUGAGACCAGCCACUCAGACAAAGAAGCAGGGCCUCAGUUCCAAUAUACCACGUAUCAACUCUCUCCCAGUCUCCGCUGCUGCUGUGAGCCAAGCUAAGCACACUCCAGCAGUGAUGACCACAAAUAAGUCAACAACACUUUUUAAUGCAGUCGCCACUAGAUCUGCUAAUGUUGCAUUCAGUCCCAACAUGUUUACUAACCAAAACUUUAAAGCAGAUACAUCUAAAACUACAAUAUCUGCUCUUUCUAGCUCUUCUAACUUUCCUUUUGCCACUAUGGCGCCUUGCAAAGCCAAAUCCACCUCUUGCAGUCACAUUAAUGUAACAACAUCCCCAAAACUGACACAGAAAAUGACUGGUAUCACUGACAUAUCUGAUGCUAAACAUACAGCUUCUACUCCUCUAAUUCCGAGGACCACUACCUUUGACCCUGGUGUCUUAAUAUGUUCUGACACUGAUCCGAAAACCACUGCCUCAGACACAACUGCCCCUAACAUAUCAACUGCCUCCGAGGCUAAUCAUUCUAACAUGCUUUCUAAAACGGAUGGUGCUGCCCCGGCAUAUCAUGGACUUGUAUUUGCUGCAUCCUGUACUCAACCUGCUCAUUGCUCUCCUGAGAGAUCCAACAAGUCAGCCAGAAAGUCCACUGCUGCUCUUGAAAAGACCAAGACUGCAAGACCCAAACCAGAAGCUCCAGCUGAGGUUCGCUCUGUUGAGGUCAUCAAAACAGUGGGCCAGAGCAGCCUCAUGAUUGGCUGGGAGAGGCCGCCACUCGACGAGCUGGGCUGCAGUAACGGCACAUUUGUGUAUGGAUACAGGGUGUUUGUCGAUGGGGACUUCCACAAAUCGGUCAUGAGUUCAGCGUGCACCAAGUGUAUUCUGGAGAAUGUCGAUCUGAGUGUCCCAGUCCACAUCAGUGUCCAAACACUGGGCUCUAAUGGUCUCACUUCAAACUUUGUCCACACCAUGUACAGGACUUCAGUCAGAACAGACCACCACUGACUCUCAGUGUCCUGACUACUGCAAAGUGCACAGCCAUGUAUAGCUGCAGCCCUCUGAGGGGCCGUCCUAACCUCCACCUCAGCAGACAGCGAGGGAGAUACACCGUCACACUGCUGGGAUACCCUCAGGCUCAGGUCAACCAAUCAGAGAAAUCUCACGUUGUCUCACUUUAUACUUUAUUUACACAUAGUGACCUGUGGCUGGCCGCUAUACCUCAAAACAAUGUCAUACAAAAAAGACCCCUGUUUUUGCACUGAGAGUUAAUCUGCAUUUAAAAGCAGGUGAAGAAUCGCUUGAUCCUUGUUGGAAGAACUUCCUGAUUCAGAGUUCCGCCCGCUGGAUUCACCUUUUGAAUGGUUUGGGAUGUUGAGACUGCCAGGUGAUAGGCCAGAGUGGCUGCCAAUCAAACAAAUCCUGACAAACUGAUAAAAAAGUCAAUCACAUUGUCAAAAGCUGCCUGUGACACCAACAUUUGCUAACAUUGUUAGAAAGAAAAUGUUGGAGGGACGUCUGCAUCUGCUGCACAUUUUAACACUGUGUUUAACACCGAGAGAUCAUGUGUCAUGUUGCUUCGUCGGAGAUCCCCGCUGCUGCCUCUCUGGACUUUGUGACAUUGAGAGCUGGCUAAAGGGACAAUUACUGUAUCAAAAGCCUUUUUAAAGCAACAGAUGCUGUAAAAUGUGCCGAAGCAACAUUGUACCCGGUCAUCUUACUUGAUUUUUACACAUGAAGCCAAAUAUGAGAAAAAAAUCAUUCACUCCAAAGACUUAUCUGUUUCCUUCUCCACAGGUCUAUGGGAUUACUUCAAACACAGGUUUAUUUAAGUUCGGAAAUUUGCACACAGUCGUUAUUGAUGUCUAGAAGAUUAAAUA